AACCGCGAUUAUUGAACAUGAUUUUACACAAAAUCAUUCCGAACCUGCAGUCAACAACUUGAACAUUUUGUUUUUUUCAGAGUACUACCACUUUUAACUUAGUUGAUCUUGUUUCAAUUUUAGUCCUAAAAUGUCUGAUGAAGAAAAUGAUCGUUUUGAAGAAGAACAAAGUUUGUUAACUGACAAUUUUGAAACUAUACCGCAUACACCAAGUGCUUGGGAACAAGAUAUAUACGAUGUUGAUGAAGAUCCAGACCCCCAUGCUAGCCCAGAAAGGGAAAUUUUAUGGGCUGCUGAACAAGGUGAAUUGGAUUUGGUGAAAUCUUUGGUGUCAAAACAUUCUCACUUGGUUCAUAUCCAUGAUAGAGAUGGUUAUACAGCUUUACACAGAGCAUGUUAUAGUAAUCAUCUAUCAAUUGUUGAGUUUUUAUUAGAGAAUCACGCAAAUCCAAAUGCUCGGACAGCUGAUCAAUGGACACCAUUGCAUUCUGCUUGUAAAUGGAAUAAUGUGGAAUGUGCUGAAAAAUUAAUAGAAGCCGGGACUGACAUAAAUGCUUUAACUAAUGGCGGAAUAACACCUCUACAUUUAGUAGCAGAGUUGGCUGAUUCGCAUAGUCUCAUUGAACUAUUAUUGUCUCAACCUGGUAUUCAGUCUAACAUAAAACUACCAAACGGUACAGGCGAUACACCAAAAGAUAUUACUGGUCGGAAGAGCACGAAUGAUCGACUUUUUGAAUAUUCUGAGCCGUGUUUCAAUUACAUAUGAAUUGAACAAUAAUUAUUCAGACCAAAGACUAAUACAAGGCCCACAUGAUGCUACUAGUACUUUUUUACUGGGGUGUGUACUAAUCGAAUUGAUGGACUGUGUGUAUGAAACAUUGUCAUUAGGUUUUAACUUCUCUAAAACUUUUGCACUGACAAAAUCCCAACACCAAAGAUGUCCACAAGUUGAUCCACUUAUUAUUAUGCUAUCGUUAUGAAAUACACAGUUUUCAAUAAAAUAAUCACCGACUGUA